UCUAUGCUGACAAAUGGAAAAAUUUUAAAUCAGUUUUGACUUUUGAAGAUUCAAGAUGCUACCCAAGGGGAUCCUUCUGCUGCUCCUCCUGGUUAGUCUUGGCCUCAUUCAGUUAUCCAAGGCAGCAAGUUUCUGUACCAAAGCAGAUCAAUGUACUCUGGAUGAGGAGAUCAAGCCAGUAGCUAUUCCAGCUCCUGUGCAAGCCCGCUACGAUCACACCCGCAUCUACCAAGUGGAACUGGCUAGUGAAGAACAUGUCCGGCUCUUUCAGGCUCUGGAAUUGGCCAGCGAUUCGUGCUCCUUCAUGGGUCAUGCUAGACAACCAGGUCAAAAACUAACCAUUAUGGUUACGGCUGCCAAGGUGGCUGACUUCGACGACCUGGUGCAUAGCUAUAAUGUGACCCACAGGGUACUUAACCACAAUUUUCAGGCUCUGAUAGAUGCCAACUAUCGUGAAGUGGCACCUGAUGGAGAGAGUCCCGAACAAUUCGACUGGAAACGCUAUCAUCCGCUAGCGAGUAUCAAUGCCUGGCUAGAGCAUCUGGCUAAGACGCAUAAUGAUGCGGUUACUAUUGUCAAUAUGGGACUCAGCACUCAGGGAAGACCCAUUCAAGGUGUGAAAAUAGCUUUUGGCAGGGAGAAUCUGACUACUGUCUUUGUGGAGAGUGGCAUACAUGCUCGUGAAUGGAUAGCUCCGGCCACAGCUACGUAUAUAAUCGAUCAACUGCUAAACUCCAAGAAUCCUGCCAUCCAGGAACUAGCUCGUUCCCAGAACUGGUACAUCUUUCCCAGCGUUAAUCCCGAUGGAUAUCAGUACACCUUCCAGGGUGAUCGCAUGUGGCGCAAAAACCGAGCACUCUUUGGCAUCUGCCGAGGUGUGGAUCUCAACCGGAACUUCCCUUUCCACUGGAAUGUCACAGGAGCUAGUGGUGAUCCCUGCCGUUAUGACUACUCAGGACCAUCGGCUGGAAGUGAGGUGGAAACUCGCGCAAUGACUGAGUUUAUCAAGAACCGCUUGGAUUCUGAACGGAUACGUACCUUCCUAGCCUUGCAUAGCUACUCCCAGAUGAUUAUGUUUCCGUAUGGACACUCCGCCGAACGUGUGGAAAACUAUCAGGAUCUGAAGGAGAUUGGUGAACUGGCUGCUCGGAAGAUCAAGGAUGUUAGUGGUAGGAUCUACAAAAGUGGCAGUAUCUACGAAACCAUCUAUCCCUCAUCUGGUGGAUCAAAGGAUUGGGCUCAUGGUCAACUGAAGAUACCGAUUACCUUCUCGUACGAGCUGCGUGGCCCGGCUGACAGCGAGGAUCUGUUCAUCUUGUCCGCCAAUGAGAUCGAACCCACCGCCGCCGAAGCCUUCGCAUCCAUCCAAACGAUCGUGCAGGAGGCCGGCAAACGUGGCUAUUACCAGUGAUCAGUGAAGUUCCAAAUUCAACUACAAAACCAAAUCCAAAUCCAAGCGAAGCCACCAACAUCUGAUGGGGACGGACGAUGAUGAUGAUGAUAAAUGUCGUCUGGCCUGGCAGUUCACAUGAAAAACACAUUACGCGCCAUCGUUUCUUAAUGCUAAAUAAUGAUGGCAAAAUCAUGACACAAAACCUCAUAAUAAUGUUGGUAAAUCAAAGCAAAUAUAGUCAGACUCGAACAACCUU